AUCGCGCGAUCGGAGCGGGGGAGGAGGAAGAGAAGGGGCCGGCGCUCUCGCUCACAUCACUCCAAAGAGCCUCUCCGCUGUAGAACGAAUGCAGUUUGGCGGCAUCACUUGGGGCCUCAUCACACUAGAGAGAGAAAAAGAAUCAACUUAAAAUCCGGUUUCUGCCUCCUACAGAUUCUGGGAUGUAAGAAGCUGUUCUGUGUUUGGUAAGAGCAUGACACUACUCUGUCAUAUGUUGGCUGUCGCUUUCGUUGAGAUCUUCAUUGUCUCGGGCAACUGGAUCCUAGCCAAGAACAUCAACUUCCACAAUGUGAGACUUCCAGUUGACCCUACUCCGUAUCCAAGCAGCUUCAAGUGUUUCACGUGUGACAAUGUUGUAGAUAAUUACAACUGCAACAGAUGGGCUGAAGAUAAAUGGUGUCCUCAGAACACACAGUACUGUUUAACAGUCCAUCACUUCACCAGCCAUGGAAGGAGCACCUCUGUCACAAAAAAAUGUGCUACCAGAGAAGAAUGCCAUUUUGUUGGCUGUCGUCAUCGCAAGGAAACCAGUCAUACGGAAUGCAUCUCCUGCUGUGAAGGGAUGAUCUGUAAUGUCGACAUUCCAACAAACCAGACCAAUGCUGUGUUUGCAGUUGUGCAUACGCGGAGGACAUCAGGCGGCAGCAGGCAGACCAUUAGUACCCUGUUGCUAGCCUCGGUCACUGUCAUUUUAAUAUCAUGACAUGACUCUUCUUAUCAGUUGGGAGUCAUUUGUCAACUGGAGCUAUAUGAAGACUAUCUUGGAUGGCAACAAAGAAGAGGGAGUCCUUAGAAACCUGUUGCAUGCAGAAGAACAACAUGGAUUAUGGUGCUGGACCUACAAUUCUGGACCUGCAGAUUCUUCAGAAAAUCAAAUGGAAUAGACAAUUUUGUCAAUUUGAUUAUAUAAAUGAAAUCUCAAUUUGAGUGAUGGAAGAAUCUAUGCUGUUGGAGCUUACUAGACAAUUGGAAAAUAUUGUUGCAUGUUUCCUCGCUAUGUAUCAUAGUUCCAUUGUCUUCUGAUAUAACCGAUUUUUGUGUGCCAACAUUGUUCUUAUGCUUGGGGUCCAAGCAAACAUCAGCAGUCCCUCAGUGUGGUGCCUCUCUUUGAUGGGCUGCCGCACAACAGCUUCCAUCAUCUUCAUUUCUCAAAUGAUGGUGCUACUGCUGCCAUGAUAGCCACCCCCCACAGAACAAGGUUUGAGUGGGAGACAGCAGGAGUCCCAGUAGGUUUGAUAAUGAUCACAUGAGACCCAGGACUAAAGGAGAGAAUGGCUGAAUCACAGCCUUCUCCAGUGUCAGCCUUAUAUGUGAAGACCUUCUACACAGACCCUAAAGCCCAUGAUAGGUAACGGGUUUACCUGAGGCAUCCAAAUGACGCCUCAGGUAAACCUGGUUUAAUGAAAAGUAAACGGUUUUCCCAGCUUACUUAACAUUAAUUUGACACCUGCAAAUAUCUGGGCCUUAAGCUAAGGUCCGGAUAUUUGCAGGUUCCAGGCCUGUGGGGAUUGACUCCUGGGACUGCUUCUGCAUUCCUAGAAGUUAAUCCUCACUGCCUUCCUGGUUCUUCGGGCUCCUGGAGUCCAUCCGCCCCCUCCCCCCACAUUUCAUUUCCCUCCCAAAACUUACUAGGGGCACCACCUGCUGGCAGUGCACCAUGACAAAAUGGUGCAUGAGAAGGUGGGGAGGGGGAGGAGGGAUUUCCCUCCUUUCCCCUUCUGACACAUCAUUUUCUCACAUCAGGAAGACUCUGCAGAGGGGUCUGUGCUGCUGGCAGGUCCCUCCAGUAAGUUUUUUGGGGGAAAUGAGGGACUGGCGGGAGGGGUGGCUGGAUCCUAUCGUGAGUCAAAGUCUGUGGUUGUGGGAUGGGAGGGAGUGGGGACUGAAACUUGGGACGAAGCAGGUUUUUAAACUUGUUUCAUCCUGGGUUUUAAGUGUAGGAAGGCCCUAAGCACCCUGCAUUAUGAUUUGUCUUCAAAACACGCAAAAUAGGAUGGCAUGGUAUAAAAUGUCCUGUUGAUGAAAUUUUCAGUUUCAAGCAAUACAGACAGGAAUUGCACUGUAUUUCUUUUCCUAAACUAGUUGUAAAUGGUGUAAAGGCAAAUUAGUUGGAGAACACAUGUACAUAAAAAGCACAGUACACACAGUAUAAUCAGAUGUCCAUAUCUGCAGGGAAUGUGUUCUUUGCUGAACUUCAGUUUUUGACUUUUCAGAUGUUUUGGAUGUCCUUUCCCAUUGGCUCUCUGACCUUUGGCUAAUUUUAAGAGAUUAUGGGCGCUGGUCCGAAUUAUCUGAGAAGCCCAAUGCUUUCUGCCCCUGUUCCAGAGAAGCAUGCGGGAAAGGGCUGCACCUCAGUGAUAGACCAUCUAAUUUACAGGGUUUGUGUUUAUUGCCAGGAAAACUGGUAAAGUCUCCUGUCUGAAACUACUGGGGUUUCCCUGCCCAUCAUUAUACAAAAUCAGAUGGAGCAAUGGCCUACUGCAGUAUAAGGCACCUUCCCGUUUCCCUACACAAUUAUAUUCAGUCAAUUUAGAUAUCACUUAGAUAUACUUGCUAAUGCAUUUUGGUUUAAGAAAACCUUGAUAUGCAGUUAUAUUUAAGCCAUAAUACACUAGCAGACCUAUACCAUGAAGUUUUUAUUUUACUAUUGUAGAACAGCUUUUAAAGCCAUAGUUUCCAGUCCUGUUUGAAGUAAACUAGCAUGGUAAGAGAUGUCCUCUCUUGAAGAGAAAGAUCUAAGCCUGUUGUUGUGGUUCCUGGCCUGCCAAGAUGCCUCUAGACUUCUCUAGGGGUUUUCUGGCCAAGACAAGGUGAAUUUCCACUCCCAGAGGCCUCUAGCAACAGCCAUCCAUCUUUGAAAGAAGUCACAGUAUACUUACCACAUACCUCAACACUGUUCAACACAAAACAUGUCUAUUUUUCAACCCAUAAGCAGACUUCAGGCCAGUCUCUUUGUCUUUGGCAAUUCAAAUAGUGCUUGGAGCAAAAGCAUGGCCAUCUAGAACCCUUAACUCAAAGCCUUUGGAAGCAGCAUUUUCUUAGUUACAUGAAACUCUAGGCACAAAAGAGAGAGAAAGGGAAAUAUGGAAAGUUCUUGUACAUAAAACACUGUUGUGCUACCAUUUGCACGUGUCCAAGGAAACCACUGGAUAUUGAGAACAGCAUCUGUGAACUAAGGAGUUGUUGAAAGCCAUAAAGUUGCUGAAAAAGACUUUGGUCCACUUGAGAUUUUGAAGUGUAUACAGAGUAUCUUAUGCUGUUCUUUUUAAAUUGUUUUGUAGUAUGUGUAAGAAUAAAACAUUAGCAAGAUUAUAAUGUGGAAACAAAGGAAAUGAAGCAGGUCAAGAAGGUCAUUCUUCAUCAGUGCAAAAUUGUUUCCUGUUGUAAACAUUGCAGGCAACCCUUCACGAGAGUGGUUUUAUUUAAUCACCUUGUGCAUGUUGAAGGUUUUUUUUAAAAAAGGAUGUUCAAUAUCCAUAGUUCCAAGUGUUAAUAUUGGGAAAUCUGGGAUGCAUUUGUGCAGUGAAUGCCAUUUGCCACCACUUUAGCUGACAUGUAACUCAAUGCUAUGGAAUCCUGAGAUUGGUAGCUUGACAAGGUCUUGAGCCUUCUCAGCUAAACAGUACUGGUGCUUCACCAAACUACAAAUACCAUACUUUCAUUGAAGUGAUCCAUUGCAGUUCAAGUGGUGGCAAAUGGCAUUCAUUCUACCAUGUAGAUAAGUGUUUCUCAACCUGGGGGUCAGGACCCCUGAGGGGGGUCAUGAGGGGAUUUCAGAGGGGUCACCAGAGACCAUCAGAAAACACAUAUUUCUGGAAGUUUGCCCCAGUGCUAUUGUUGGUGGCGUUCACAGUGCUCCCUGAUUGUAGGUUAAUUAUAAAUCUCAGCAACUACAACUCCCAAAUGAUAAAAUCAAUCCUCCCCAACCCCACCAGUAUUCAUAUUUGGGCAUAUUGAGUAUUUGUGCCAAAUUUGGCCCAGUGUAUGAAAAUACAUUCUGCAUAUCAGAUAUUUACGGUACAUUACAAUUCAUGACAGUAGCAAAAUUACAGUUAUGAAGUAGCAACGAAAAAAAUUAUGGUUGGGGGUCACCACAACAUGAGGAACUGUAUUAAGGGUUCAUGGCAUUAGGAAGAUUGAGAACCACUUAUGUAGAUGCACCCCUAGCUUCAGGUAAGCCUGGCUUAUUGACCUGCAGGCAGGUCAGUGUGUAUGCAUUAUCCUUCUUUCUUUACUCAAUGGGACCUACCUCACAGGGCUGUUGUGAGGAUGGAAAAAAAUAAAAUACCUAAGAAGUA